AUGACCGCCGUCCUCCCGCCGCCUCUCCGCCCGUCGUCCACCGCGCCGCCGGCCCCCUCCGCCACGCGCACGCUGCACGCGAUCAACACCUGCACCUCCGCCGCCGCGCUCGCGCCCAUCCGCGGCGCCAUCCUCGGGGACCCCGCGCUCCUCCGCUCCACCACCGUCGUCUCCGCCUUCUUCCUCGCCUGCGGGCGCCUCCGCCACCUCGACCCCGCGCUCUCCCUCUUCGCCUGCCACCCCCGCCCCCACGUCUUCGUCUUCAACUCUCUCCUCCGCUCCCUCGGCCGCGCCCCUGCCUGCCCCCCGCUCCCGCUCUUCCGCCGCCUCCUCCGCCUCGGCGUCCGCCCCAACCGCUUCACCUUCCCUCUCCUGCUCACCCCCCUGUCCUCCCUCCGCGACCUGAGAGCCCUGCAUUGCCAAGUGGCCAAGUCUGGGUUCGCGCUCGACAGCCAUGUCCGCAAUGCCCUUCUCGCGCGCUACGCGGCAUGCGAUCCUGACCUGGCGCACGCUGAGCGGCUGUUCGACGAAAUGUCCCAAGCGGAUGUUGUCGCGUGGACCACUAUGAUCACCUCAUACAGGAAUCGAGGCCUCACCUUCCACGCUCUGGCGACCUUCCGGCGGAUGCUCUCUGCUUCUGUUGCACCCAACCGCGUUACCAUGGUUGCUGCUCUUGGCGCAUGUGCAGCCCAUUGUGCGGUUGACACUGGCAUCUGGAUUGAUAAGUACGUGCAGAAGCAGGGAUGGGAGAUGGAUGUUGUAUUGGGCACAGCACUGGUAGACAUGUAUGGGAAGUGUGGAAAAGUAUCAGACGGAAUGCGUGUGUUCUCAAAAAUGGCCAAUAGGAAUGUCUAUACCUGGAACUCUAUCAUUGGAGCACUUGCCCUUGCGCAUGAUGGCAAGACAGCAUUGCAGUGGUUCUCUUGGAUGCAGGAUGAUGGUGUCCAGCCAGAUGAAGUUACACUCAUUUGCGUUCUUUGUGCCUGUGCACAUUCUGGGUUUGUUGACACUGGGAAGGAAAUAUUUAACCUGCUCGUGCAAGGUGAGUAUGGGUUUCAACCUGGGAUCAAGCACUUCGGGUGCAUGGUUGACCUUCUUAGUCGCUCUGGACACCUUGAUGAUGCCUUUAGGGUUGUCGAGACAAUGCCAUUACAGCCAAAUGCAGUCAUAUGGGGCUUGCUAUUAAGGGGCUGCAAGGCCAGUGACUUGUGGGAGGUGGCAGGAAGCUCAUGGGAUCUUGCAUUGGAUGAAGAAGAAGGGGCUGAGGAAAGAUGCAGGAUGGAGCCUUCAGAUGUUAGAAGACAGGUCAAAUAA